AUGGAAAGGUUCCAGAGUGACGUCAAUGACACUGGUGGAGUGGCAGCUUCCUCUGCCGGAAGCCACCUCCUCAACCUCGAAGGAAGAGUGCACCGUAGCCUAAGGGUACGCAUUGGCAAUGCUGCCUCCUGCACCUCCAACCAGCCUGGAUACUCAGAUGACAUUUGGAUAAUUUAUGAACAAGUGAUGAUUGCUGCCCUUGACUGUAGCCGUGAUGACUUGGCAACGCUGUGUCUGCAAGAACUCCGCAAACAAUUUCCAGGCAGCCACCGGGUGAAGCGAUUGACUGGGAUGCGACUUGAAUCCCUAGAAAGGUAUGAAGAUGCCAACAGGAUGUAUGAUGCAAUUUUGCAGGAAGAUGCGACAAAUACAGCAGCACGGAAGCGCAAGAUUGCCAUUCUUAAAGCCCUCGGGAAAACCACUGAAGCCAUCAGAGAACUGAAUGAGUAUCUGGAACAGUUUGUUGGAGACCAAGAGGCUUGGCACGAACUAGCAGAGCUUUACAUCAACGAACAUGAUUACGGAAAAGCAGCAUUCUGCUUAGAGGAACUUAUGAUGACUAACCCUCAUAAUCAUCUGUACUGUCAACACUAUGCAGAGGUGAAAUAUACUCAAGGUGGACUGGAAAACCUAGAAAUCUCCAGGAAGUAUUUUUCCCAGUCCCUGAAACUAAACAACAGAAACAUGCGUGCUUUGUUUGGGCUUUACAUGUCUGCAAGUCAUAUUGCAUCUAACCCUAAAGCUAAUGCUAAAAUGAAAAAGGACAACAUGAAGUAUGCAACUUGGGCAGCUACACAGAUCAACAAAGCUUAUCAA